AGCCUGGCACUAGUUUAGCAGGCGGGUCAAAACAUGGCGUCCGCCAUUACGAUGUUAGCAGUAUCUGGAAUUUACGAUCACUGAUAUUGAACUUUGUAUCAUACAAUCUAACAUGUCAAGUGAGCCAAGAAUUUACGGAUUAAGAGAACAACCUGGCAGACCUGAAGGUGCUUUGAAAUAUCUACAUGUAGAGGUAAUCGAAGCAAAAGAUCUCUGCAAAAAAGAUAUAUUUGGAUUAAGUGAUCCUUAUUGCAAAGUAAUGGUAUAUAGAGGAGAUCCCACGACUGGAAUAAUUGAUUCAGCAACAACACAAACUAAAAAGAAGACACUGGACCCAAAAUGGAAUGAGACCUUUACUUUUAGAGUAAAUCCACUUGAUAAUAAUCUUCUUGUUCAAGUUUUUGAUGAGAAUCGAGUUACUAGAGAUGAUUUUUUGGGUGAAGUAUACAUCAGUAUUAAAAGAUUGAGGUUUUAUCAAAUUGAGACUGUCAUGGAAAUAUCUCUGAAACCAAGAAGCAUUAAAUCCAGAGUAAAAGGAAAAGUGUGCUUAAAGUUAUCAUUCACCAAUGACCCAUCACCACCUCCAGCAGAACAAACAGAUUUACCUGGAUUCCCCAUUGGACGUGGACCUCURGAUUUUCCAGCUUCAACCUCUCCCAAUGUUAAUACAAAUGCAACACCCAAUGCAACAGCACCCCUUGAUACUCCAUCAUCCUCUGCUCAGAAUACUACACCAAAUGCUACACCAAAUGCCACAGCGCCUCUUGAUAUCCCAACAUCUACCUCUCGCAAUUUUACUCCAAAUGCUACACCUACUGAACAAGCAAUAGGGUCUGCACCCUCAAUAGGCUCAGGGAUGCCUGACAUUGAAACACCAAGCCUCCCAGCUGGCUGGGAACAAAGACAAGAUGCUCUUGGCCGUAGGUUUUACAUUGAUCAUAACACAAGGACAACUUGUUGGGAAAUACCAAACAGUCCWGUAAGAAGAAGAAUUGAAAUGCAACAAGAUGAGAUUAAUAGAGAAAGGCAGUUUCGUAUUCGUCGUCACCUUAGUGUAGAGGAUGAUGUCCAACCAAAUCCAGAACCUGCACCAAUAAUUGUAGAUUCAGCUGAAACUCCAACUGUGACGGAAGAGACCAACACCAAUGAUCAGGCUGCUCUUAGUGAGCCWCUGCCUCCAGGCUGGGCCAUGCARCAAGCACCUAACGGUAGAGUGUUCUUUAUUGAUCACAAUACACAGACAACGUCAUGGCAUGACCCAAGACUUAAUCGUACAGCGGCUUCUGCACCGUCAUUGAGUUCAUCACCUCCGUCAGCUGCCCCAAAUGUCAAUCAAGAUCUUGGACCACUUCCAGAUGGUUGGGAGGAGAGAUUACAUGCCGAUGGAAGAGUCUUUUAUAUUGAUCAUGCUACACGCUCAACCCAAUGGGAGGAUCCAAGACUGCAGAUACAGAAAUCAAAAACUCAGGUUGUUCCUUAUUCAAGAGACUACAAACGCAAAUGUGACUAUUUUAGAUCUAAGUUGAAAAGACCGAGCAAUGUGCCCAACAAGUAUGAAAUUCAUAUCAGGCGCAACAAUCUUUUAGAGGAUUCAUUCCGUGCUGUGCUGCUAAGUGUAAGAAACUCAGAUGUACUGAAGGCAAAAUUGUGGGUUGUCUUUGAUGGAGAAACAGGUCUGGAUUAUGGUGGCGUGCAAAGAGAGUGGUUUUAUCUUUUGUCAAGAGAGGUUUUCAACCCUUAUUAUGGAUUAUUUGAGUAUUCUGCAAGUGAUAAUUACACACUUCAAAUCAACCCAAACUCUGGGUUAUGCAAUGAAGAUCAUUUAAACUACUUUAAAUUUAUUGGUCGAGUGGCUGGAAUGGCAGUGUACCAUGGGAAAYUGUUAGAUGCGUUUUUUAUUCGUCCAUUUUACAAGAUGAUGUUGAAUAAACCAAUCACAUUGAUUGACAUGGAGAGUGUGGAUUCUGAAUAUUUCAACAGUCUUAACUGGAUAUUGGAGAAUGAUCCWGAAUGUUUGGAUCUCCAUUUUUGUGUUGAUGAAGACUUAUUUGGUGAGCUCAAGGUUAAGGAGCUGAAACCCGGAGGAGCCGACAUAAAACUUACGAACGAAAAUAAACUAGAGUAUAUAAAUCUCGUUAUUAAGUGGAGAUUUGUAAGUCGAGUAGAAGAUCAGAUGCGGAAAUUUAUGGAGGGCUUCAAUGAACUCAUUCCACAUAAUUUGCAUCAGAUAUUUGAUGAAAGGGAAGUAGAGCUGUUAAUGUGUGGCUUAGGGGACAUAGAUACUACAGACUGGAGAAAGAAUGCUAACUAUAGAGGCGAAUAUCACGACAAACAUAUCGUGAUUCAAUGGUUUUGGAAGGCCGUGAACUCGUUUGAUAUGGAAACUCGUGCAAGACUGCUUCAGUUUGUCACUGGGACUUCGCGUGUUCCUAUGAAUGGAUUCAGUGAGUUGUAUGGUAGCAAUGGACCUCAGAAGUUUACUGUGGAACCUUGGGGUUCUCCACAUUGUCUACCAAGAGCGCACACAUGCUUCAACCGACUUGAUCUUCCGAGGUACAGAAGCUACUACGAACUGCGGGAAAAACUGAGGAUUGCAAUAGAAAACACACAGGGUUUUGAAGGAGUCGAUUGAUUGAUGAUYUGUACUUGRAUCAUUAAACUGCUUCAAAACAUAACAAAGGCAGGCCUAAAUUAACGUAUCCCAACAAAAUCUGGAUUUUAGAUAGAUUGUUUUAUAUCUUACAGUCAAAAAAAGUUUUAACUGGACGRCUUUGUGAUAUAGUGGAACCUGGAUCAUACGACUACCGGACCGUAAUAUAGAGAUAACUGUAGUAUUGAAUAAGGUCGUACAUUUUUACAAAGGAURCAAUAUGACCGAGAGUUGUCCGUAAUAUAGAGGGGUUCGUAGUGUAGAGGUUUCUGUAAAGGUUUCACUGUAUUCUUCAGAGUAUUAAGUACAAAUUACCAAGAACUAAACGAGGUAACAACCCACAGCAGGAUUUAAAGAAAAAAACAUUUAUAUUAUUAUAAGACAACAUGUACCCCACGCAAGGCUGUUUCUGAUAAGUUAGAAGACCGAAGAGUCUGAUAGAUCUGCUUGAUGUCCUUAGAACAAUAACUGCAUUUGCAAAAAGAGCAAUUUUGCAGGGCUUGCACUUGAUUUUUGAUAUUUGUGUAUUUUGAUGCACUUGAUUUCAUUUUUUUUUUUUUUUUGCAUGAGCAGGAGCCCAUUACUAGUAAUGUCCUCCUAGUGGAAUGCCUACUAUUUUCUUUGAGGAGAACACARCAUUUCCAUUCCUUCCUCCUACUCCAUAAGUUGGCACCUUUUUUAAGGUUAGAUGCACUGAGAGUCUCGAUUGUGUCUACACAGCUUUGCUAAUUGAAAGGAAAUUGUUUUAAUAUUUGAAUUGAUGAGUUUGAAUAUUAGACAUUAGUCAGAAAUUAACCACGAAAUAUAGCUGAGAUAUUUUGAAUAUUAWUAUAAUUAUUAAUUAGUACAAUUAAGCAACGAAUAAAUUAUUGUUGUACUAAUUAUAA